AUGGUUGGAGUCAGCGGCGCCGCUGUCGUCUUCGAUGAAGCUGCCAAACGCCGUCAGGCCCUGAUGGGCGCCAGUGGUGCCCGGGCCUUCUUUAAGAAUGCUCGUGUCGCUAGUAUUGCUGCAUUUGCCUGUAUUGGCGGGGUGCUCUACGGAUGCCCAGCGUCGAUGUAUGUUCGGAUAAUGACUGUCGCAGAUACCGACGGCUACAUCGACAAUCCCACGCAGAAGGGCUGGUUGACGGCCAUCCUGGAGUUGGGCGCCUGGUUCGGCGCAAUUCUCUCCGGAUUCAUUGCCGAGGUCUGCUCUCGCAAGUACGGCAUUUUGAUUGCCUCGAGUGUCUUCAUUGUGGGCGUGGUCAUUCAAGCAUGCUCAAUUGUAGGCGGACAUCAAGAAAUCCUUGCAGGACGAUUCAUCACGGGUAUGGGCGUUGGAUCCCUGUCUAUGAUCGUGCCACUGUACAACUCCGAAUGCGCACCUCCGGAGGUUCGAGGUGCUCUUGUCGCUUUGCAGCAGCUUGCCAUCACGUUCGGUAUCAUGAUCAGUUUCUGGAUCAAUUACGGCACCAACUACAUCGGCGGCACCACUGAAGAAACCCAGUCGGAUGCCGCCUGGCUGGUUCCGAUCUGUCUUCAGCUAUUCCCAGCUCUCAUCCUCCUCAUUGGAAUGAUUUGGAUGCCGUUCUCGCCGCGCUGGCUGAUACAUCACGGCCGCGAGGAGGAAGCCAGGGAGAUUCUGUGUCACCUCCGCGGCCUAGACCCGGGCCACGAACUGAUCGAGCUGGAGUUCCUUGAGAUUAAGGCUCAGUCUCAGUUCGAAAAGCGCAGCAUCGCAGAGAAAUUUCCCCAUCUGCAGGAGCAGACAGCAUGGAACACCUUCAAGCUGCAAUUCGUUGCAAUUUUCGCCCUUUUCAAGACCAAGGCCAUGUUCAGACGUGUCAUUGUCGCCACCGUCACCAUGUUCUUCCAGCAGUGGACCGGCAUCAACGCCAUUUUGUACUAUGCCCCUGCAAUUUUCGCCCAGCUUGGCCUAAGUUCCAAUACCACCAGCCUACUGGCCACGGGUGUCGUCGGCAUCGUCAUGUUUAUCGCCACCAUUCCAGCUGUGCUUUGGAUCGACCGCGUUGGCCGCAAGCCGGUCCUCGCGACUGGAGCCAUCGGCAUGGGUAUCUGCCAUUUGAUCAUUGCUGUUAUCUUGGCUCGAAAUAUCGAUCGCUUCGAUCAACAACCUGCUGCUGGUUGGGCUGCCGUUGUCAUGGUCUGGUUGUUCGUUGUCCACUUCGGGUACUCCUGGGGUCCCUGCGCAUGGAUCCUCAUUGCUGAAAUCUGGCCACUAAGCACCCGUCCGUACGGCGUAUCAAUCGGCGCCUCCUCCAACUGGAUGAACAACUUCAUCGUCGGCCAAGUCACGCCCGACAUGCUCGAGGGCAUCACAUAUGGCACCUACAUUCUUUUCGGCCUCCUGACCUUCAUCGGCGCCGCCUUCAUCUGGUUCUUCGUGCCGGAGACCAAGCGCCUGAGUCUCGAGGAGAUGGACAUCAUCUUCGGAUCCCAGGGCACUUCGCAAGCCGACACCGAGCGCAUGCAGGAGAUCGAGGCCCAGAUCGGGCUUUCUGCCCUGCUUGCCCGUGAGCCGCCCGCACAUGUGGCGCAGGAUAUACACCUGGCUGCGGAGAAGGGCGAGGAUUCCGUUUGA